AUGGACGACUCACAAGAUGGUCGCGCGCGCCUCUUGGAAUUGGAAGAGAAACUCCGGAAGGCCGCCGAGGAAAACAGCUUGCUUGCCGCAGAGAACAACUCGCUUACCACAAAGAACAGCUCGCUUGUCGCAGAGCACAACUCGCUUGCCGCAGAGAAUAAGUCGCUUGCGGAGAAAAACAGGCAGGAUGAUGAGCUACUGCGGUCGACGACUUUUACCGAGUAUAUACGCCACUGCCAUGAAUCCCUUUCCAAACCUUUGAGAGUCGCGUCCUUGUCCGCAUGUGUGAAAGGACCACUACAAGCCCCCACUCACAAGUCCUGCCCGAGGCUGCUGAAGCACUGGACAGAGUGCGAGGACGAGCAGGAAAAUAUUUACCGCUCAGUUUGCAAGUUUCUCGAGCAAAAGCGCCUUUUGGAACGCAUCGUCGUCAUACAAGGGAAUGGGAAACAGGUCGAAAAAGACGCCAUAGGUAGUGAAAAGGACCUUGAGAUCUAUGAGCGCUCCUCAGUGGAGAACCACGUCGCCCACAUUAUCGCAGCGCUCUGUGAGAUUCCCGCUGCCCAAGAGACAUUCCACCUCGGUUCCAAGGGUAUUAGCUUCAAGAACCAUUCUGAAAGCCUGUAAACACGUGCCAAAACCCGGUCUCAGGUGGCAGGAAUGGCAACAGAAGCAGUCUCCAGGCCUGACUCCUUCUGUAUCCACGAUAACGAAAAAAGCAAGACCCUUC